UUCAAAGACUGCCCAUGGAUCAUCACCCUCAUCAGACGAGUCAUCACGGGUCGUCACUUCAAAGACUGCCCAUGGAUCAUCACCCUCAUCAGACGAGUCAUCACGGGUCGUCACUUCAAAGAGUGCCCAUGGAUCAUCAGCCUCAUCAGACGAGUCAUCACGGGUCGUCACUUCAAAGAGUGCCCAUGGAUCAUCAGCCUCAUCAGACGAGUCAUCACGGGUCGUCACUUCAAAGAGUGCCCAUGGAUCAUCAGCCUCAUCGGUGAUGGCGGUCACCAAUUCGGCGGAUGCCCAUGGAUCAUCAGCCUCCACGGACCAGUCAUCACGGGUCAUUGCUUCAAAGGCUGCCCAUGAAUCAUCAGCCUCGACCAUAGCAGCGGAAGUCACCAAGUCUGGAGCUGCCCAUGAAUCAUCAGCCUCCACGGACCAGUCAUCACGGGUCAUUGCUUCAAAGGCUGCCCAUGAAUCAUCAGCCUCGACCAUAGCAGCGGAGGUCACCAAGUCUGGGGCUGCCCAUGAAUCAUCAGCCUCCACGGACCAGUCAUCACGGGUCAUUGCUUCAAAGGCUGCCCAUGAAUUAUCAGCCUCGACCAUAGCAGCGGAGGUCACCAAGUCUGGGGCUGCCCAUGAAUCAUCAGCCUCGACCAUAGCAGCGGAGGUCACCAAGUUUGGGGCUGCCCAUGAAACAUCAGCCUCCACGGACCAGUCAUCAUGGGUCGUCACUUCAAAGGCUGCCCAUGCAUCAGCCUCAUCGGUCCUGGCCACUCCGUCAGUGGCCGCACGCGGUGCAGGGCUCACCGCCCGGACUUGCUCGCCACACCGCCUCCCGUUGCACCGGAGACUGGUGAAGACGGGCCCGUCAUCACAGAAGAGAGAGAAGUGGAGGCCGCUGAUGUUGUCCAGCAGCCAGGCCAGUGGGAUGGAAGAGGUGAAGACUGGCUUCCUAAGCGAGGCACAUUGCACCCUGACGGCCGCGUUGCCGUCUUUCUUGCACAGCUUCGCCAAGGGCACACGCAGCUCACCCUCGGCGUGGCAGCCUUGAAUCCCUGCGACGCAAGACCAUCCUUCCACGGGGAGCUUGACGGAGGCGACCGUACGCCUCCUCUUCAGGCAGCAGGUGGAGUCCUUGCACGAGAGCUUGAUGGAGUCCACCAGGGAGGAGCCUCGCUCCAGGGUUACCCACACGUUGAAUUUCUGUCGAGAUGCAGAGUUUCCCAUCGUUGCUUCGAUGUGAUAUAAAAAAUAUCCGUAUAUCGAGGAAAUCGGUGUUAGGUAA